GAUGUCUGCGCCCAUUAAACAUGUGAGAGUUAAUUUUCCAAUGUAAAUUAAACUUCACGACAUAAAACGCCCUUUAAACAGCAAUAAACAGUGUUCAAUUUAUAUUUAAGUAGAAUGUCAGGAAAUAAAAGAGCUGUGUUUAAAAGUGACCUUGACUUUUGUCCAGAAUGUGGAACAGUGUUACCAUUACCAGGGCUUCAAGACUUGGUUUCAUGUAAAAAAUGUCAAUAUGAAAUUAGAGUAGAAGAAUUUGAUGGAAUUGAGAUAAAUUCAACAAUAAUAUUUAAUGAAGCAGACAUGAAAGAGGCAGCAUCUGAGAUCAAGACAGAAAAAGAACUGAAAGGACCCAUGGCAGACAAGAAGUGUACACAGUGUGGUAAUGAUGGUAUGGUAUAUUCUACAAUGCAAACUAGAUCUGCAGAUGAAGGACAAACUGUAUUUUAUACAUGUCCCAAAUGCUUGCACCAGGAGAUAGAAUAUUCCUAAAGGUCAGAAUACCAAGCUGCAAAUGUUAACCUACUCUAACUUGGAAAGAUUAUUUCCCAAUGGAACAGUUCCUUUUGAAGGCACAGGCUGUACCAACAAGACAGGACAUCUUACACAGAUUAAACAUUACAUUGUUAUUUUAUUAUUUGUAUAAUAAAUUUUAUUAGGUGCAAUAAUCCGGUUUAUUAUUUUUAUUUUUUUAUUAAAUAUAGACAUUGUGUAAAAUUGUCCUGAUUGCUCUUCACUAGUGGCCAAACAUAUUGGCCUAAUAAAGAACGUAACGGUAA